UCCUGUCUUACAAGACACAUUAUUGAUUAUCCUCCUAUACUGCAGAGAGAAAAAAGAAAAAAAGUAAAAAAAAUAUGGCUGGCUCUUCAUCUCUCAAAACCCUCAACUCUCUUCAUAUUUUCUCCAUGAGAAAUUCUUCUUCUUCUUCUUCCAUUAGCUCCAUGAAAAUGAAAACCCUACUGCAAACUUUCAUUCUCUCACACUUGUACCGCAUUGCUCGUGCUCUCACAAAAGCUAAAGCCAUUCUAGUUGAAGUUCUUAAAGAUCUUCAACUGGUUCACUUUACACAAUUCCCAGCCUUGAAACGAAACAAGAAUAAGCAUAAACUGUUUUUUGGCUCAUUUCGAUUGCACUAUAAUUGGUGUUCCUCUCAUGUCAUGCCGGUAACAAUGCCGGUGCUGGAAGGUUGCUCCACUGAGAAUGUUUACUAUGAUUCCACUUGGAAUUCGAUUAUUCCGACGUCUGAGUACGAGGGCUCGGAGCUCUCAGCGUAUCUCCGGUGGCUUGAGGAGAGGGGUCACGAGAAUCCCAGCGAUGAAAUCGAUCGACUUGCCGAUUUGUUCAUUGAGAACUGCCACGAGAAGUUCAGGUUGGAGAAACAAGAGUCUUACAGGAGAUUCCAAGAAAUGAUGGCUAGAAGUAUAUGAGCUAGCUAAGCUAGGUUCUUUUUUACUUUAUUUUUCCAUUGUUGUUUUCUGUCAUAUUGACUGGAUUGGAGUAGAGUUUCGGGGUGGGUGGGUAGUGGAGUGCAUGGUUUAAAUCUUGUGCUCUUUGGUUCUUUCUUCAUCUAUGGAUUGUGGUUGUGGAGAAUU